UUUACCUGUUCCCUAAGGAUAACCAGCCUAUGGCUGCGAAAUGGAAGCUGGCAGGGUACACCAGUUGGCUGCAGUGAUUGAGGCUGUGUUGUGUUGCGUUUGCUUCUAAGUGUUGGGGAUUGGGGUGGGGAGAGGAAACAGGGGUCCAUCCGUCCCAGCUGAUGUCAGCAACCGAAGCAAACCUGAGCAUCAGACAGCCCACCAGAAGAAUCUUAUCAUGGCAGACAGGAUAAUGAAGGCAGCGAGAGAUCUUGUCUACUAGUGUGGAGUGAAAGCUUGGAUCAUGCGGUUGUCUUCUGCUGCAAGGCAUUCCUAGACAGGCCCAGAAAAUUGCAGAUUCUGAGCCUGGGCAAGAAGAGAGGGCUGAGGCUUGCACACAGGGCCUCCCUCCUCAGUACCCAUCCAGAGGCUGGGGCUCUUCCCUGGGCUCUGGGCUCGGCUGGCUCAGAAGCCUGGUGAGAUAUGUGUGAGCAGUAAUUUUUGGCUCUGGGAGAUGGUAGUCCCAUGGCCAUCGGCCCCUGCAGUGUCCUUGAAGCUGUAGUUCAGAAAUGGAUUUCUUGCUGCUUACAAUCCAGGCUGUUCAAGACUCACCCCGAGACCCUGGAGAAGUUUGACAAGUUCAAGAACCUGAAGUCGGAAGAUGAGAUGAAGGGUUCAGACGACCUGAAGAAGCAUGGCUGCACCGUGCUCACAGCCCUGGGCGGCAUCCUGAAGAAGAAGGGGCAGCACGCUUCGGAGAUCCAGCCCCUGGCCCAGUCACACGCCACCAAGCACAAGAUCCCUGUCAAGUACCUGGAGUUUAUCUCAGAAAUCAUCAUCCAGGUCCUGCAGAGCAAGCAUCCCGGGGACUUUGGAGCAGACGCUCAGGGCGCCAUGAGCAAGGCCCUGGAGCUUUUCCGGAAUGACAUCGCCGCCAAGUACAAGGAGCUGGGCUUCCAGGGCUAAGUCACCCGCUCCCACCGCCCAGCCCGCCCACUGGCACCCAGUGCCAUGUAGCAAGUAGAGUGUGCCAUGCCCUAGGUUAGCAGAGAGCAAAAGAGGGGAGCACAGUGUGGCAUCCAGUGACCCCACCCAGUCUCCUGGGGACAGGGCUCUGGGUGGCAUCACCCAGGAACCCAGAGGUGCAAAGUGGCCGCUGCUUCCUCAGCUAGGUUGGGUCGUGAUCAAUUCUCCUGUCACCUAAGUCCCAACUCACUUCCUCCUGGAAGUAAGGAAAAUCCUUCUUCCGCUGUCACAUGUGACCCCAAAUCUAACUCACUGACUACCCGACCCUGACCUUUGAAUGAGGUCGAGGGUUGCUUAGAGGAGUGGAGGGUGGAAAAGGGGUCAGCGAGCAUCAGAAGGUUCCGCUGCUCAGCUUCUGACCCGCCUUGUUUCAAUAAAAU